AUGUCGAAGAAAAAAUCUGAGAAAACGGUGACCUCUGUGAAAAGUAAAAAACAAUACAACGAAAAUGCAUGGCAAGAGCUUUUGGAAUCAUUAUCAAUUAAUGACGAUCAUUGGUGGUGUAUCGUGACAAUGAUGAUAGAGACUAAGAGUGAUCAUGCACGAUGUGUGUCGAUGUUUAACGAAGCUGCAGAAGAGGGGAAACGAAAAGCGAUUUAUACUCUCAGCCAUCAGAAAAUGUUAGCUAACGUUAGGUCACUGUCUAGACAGGAUCCAGAUAAAUGUCCAGUUCUACAACGAGUUUGCCAUCAUGCCAACAAGCUACUUGAAGCUAAUAUUGAAUCUACAUGGUUGUUAGCACGCGUUAUCAAAUAUAUGGUCUAUCGUGCUAAAAUAGAAUCGGUGAUUAAGAUCAAGAAGGAACAGGAAUUAAAACGAGCUAUCGAUGAUGAAUAUCGUAUUAUGCAGACUGUUAUUGAUCCAACUACGUCGAGAAGUGUUAAAAAAAAGUACGAUCAGUCCUUGAGAGGUAAAGCCAACACUCGGCUUAGAAUUCGAGAAGAAGAAUGGAGAGACAUAGUUUACGUCGAUGAUGCUCCACUCGACGGACCUAAUCUAUACGUCGUUUUAACGGGUUUUCACGAUCCUGAUCUAUUCGUAGAACUAAUGAACAUUGGUGUACCUAUGACUUGUAUACUCAAGAUAAAAAGACCUGGUGAAACAUUAGAACAUGUUUCGUUAUAUUACAACGAAGAAAAAAAUCAAAAUGUCAAUAGAAUGUGGUUACCCUUUCCUGAAACUUACACCGUCGAUAAAGUCGAUCUUUAUAAAUUCUGGACAUCAUUGAAAAACACUUUAAAAGAUCCACAAGCCAUUCAAAUAUUUUCAAACGUAGCGUUUCUUACUUACAAGCCACCAUUUUUGGCAGAGACAUUUGAUGACUUUGAAUACAAAAUUCUCAAAAAGGAUAUUUUCGAUAAAAUAUCCUUUAUCGUGUACGAUCUUUACGAUCUUCUUCGAAAGCAUUCCAAUUACCUUAGAAGCAUGUUAAUCCAGCGUUACGACAUCGAUGAGAAGGAAGAAGCUGAGGCUAACAUCUACCGUGCAAUUCUCGAUGCUCUACCAACGGAAUGCGUCACCGUGCCAACAUUACUUAAUGCUCUUUUACUGCAGGUCGAAGCCAACUUAGACAUCCUAGUAGAUCGAUCGUUCCAAGAGGAAAAUGUUCCAGCAAAGGAAAAUGUCGUCGAAAAGGAAAAGAACGAGGAAGAGGAAGUGCCAGUUGAGAGUAUCGAUGACAAUGAAGAUUCGUGGGUUAGAAAAAGAGUCAAAAAUUUAAACGAAAAGUACAAAGUUAAAACGUAUAAAAAUAUAGUAGAAGAGAAUUUCAACGAAUUACCAAUCGAAUUAAUUCUUCAUGGAGACAAAUUGACUCUGAAUACUCGUCACAUUAAUUUGGAUAAUAAUAUCAAAAUGAUGUUGAAUCUAUCCGAUGAUAAGACCUUGGCUGAUUCAAUUUUGCAAGUUUAUCAAGAUCCUAGAAUAGUCGAUUGUUGGUUACAUCAUGAAGAAUUAACAGAAACCAAAAUGAAGGAGUACGAUUGCUAUAUCAAUAAUAUAAUCAAAUACUUUGAUUCAAGUGUUCAAAUCUGUCGAGAGAACAUAUUCCAUUAUUUGCAUUUUUUGAUCUUCGACAAGAUGAUCUAUGGCAAUCUAUUCAAAGAAAAGGAUGAAAAAAUUGAAACGCUAUCAAUUAUUUCUCCUUCAGAAUCUCCGCGUAGAUAUUCAACGUAUCCUUCGUUGUUUUUGCCAAAAGAUAAAAAAAAGGAGUCAAAAUUCUUUUCGAAAAGCGACACUGAGAUAGAUUAUGGAAAGGCCGUGGCUGCAUUCUUGAGUUGUCCAAGUCUCUUUGGACUCACCGAUAUAAGGGAAGUUUUGUUACCGAGUUAUUUGGAGAAGAAUGUCUUCGAGGAAAGAAAUAAAAGAAUGCAAAGAAUAGGAGAACCACUUGAAGAAUACGAUGACGUCGAAUUACUUCCAAAAAAGAUUCUUCUACAAACCCUUUACGAAUGCUUCCAAAAUUUCGAACGUUUCGAGAAAAGAUAUUUUGAACCGACGGAUUCUAUAUUAUUGUAUUUCAGUAAUGAUUAUGUAAUAGGUGAUGUAUCCGAACGUACGACCGUAUCUAUCUUACGUACACCAGUUUGUCUACGAGAUUUCGUUAAGUACGUAUAUAAAGAAGAGAUCGAUUGGAUAAAUCAAGAAGAAGAAAAAUAUCGAUUAGAAUUGAUGAAGAAAACGAGUAAAUCGUCGUUCGGUCGAAUUAAUUCUAUGGAAGACGAACUUCGUCUUUAUUUCGGUGAUGAACAUUUUAUUCUUCCGAAUUCAUUGAAGGCUCAGGAUUUAAAAAAAAAAUUACAGGCCGACUCGAAACGAAAAGAUUUUUCAAGACUCGAUACACCUAGGACGGAAGUAAAGGGUGAGAAAAAUAUUCUCAAGGAUAGUGAAAAAAAGAAAGGUGGUAAAACGUUGAGCGAAAAAAUCUCGUUGAAGGACAAGAAACAGAAAACGAACAGAGAAACAAAUGAAAUCGACACUUCCUUUUUACCUCGAAGGAAGAUCCUAUCUUUCGAGUCUGCCAAAGAGGAUGAACCUCACGAGUUCAUAGGGUAUGACCUCGGGAACUUGCGAGUUCAGAUAGUCGAGAAGAGUAAGAUCUUCAAUUCGAAGGAUGGUACGUUCGUACGAGUGAAUCUCGAGACUUGGCUUUACGAGAAGGUGGAUUUACGUAUUGCCAUUACCCUUGUUGGUUGUACCCUACGUUUGUUCGAAAAACUCAACGAUCGUAAAAUGUCGAACGUUUUUCAUGUUACCACAAACAAAGGGAUCGUUCUUGCUUUUUCCAAAAAUAUCGAACCUUUUAAUACAACUCCGAACGAGUUCUAUUGGAAGGAAUUGGAAUUUGAUUUUCAUGCCUCUUGGCCAUCAGGUUUGACGAUUUCACCAGUUACCGGGGAUGGUCCUGAAAAUCCUUUUUACAUUAGCCAGUCAUAUAUUUCUAAAGCACCUGAAGACGCUACCCGAGAAGCUUAUCGAAAAUUUUUAAGGAAUGGUACGGUUUUGAAAUUUCUCGAUGACAAUACCGUCAUUGUAUUGCGUCCGAAUGGUGUAGUCAUUGAAUGCACAUCAUUCGAGGAUAUAACAAUGGACGAAAAUAAUCUCGAGGAAGGUAAAAGAUUUCUUGUUAAGAAUUAUUCGUAG